GACAAUCUUGAACGAUUCUGAUUGGCUGAGAGCUUGCACACCAGCAAAAACAACACGCUAGUUUAAUUAUUUAUCAGCACCGAAACGAUGUGAUUUGAAAAUCGGUAAUCCAUUUUAAAUUAUUGUUGACUGCACUUUUAAGACAUGAAAAACAUGGCUGAUCUUGAUCCAGCGGAGGAGAAACUCCUCAACGAAGCUCUUUUUGAGACAGCAAAUGAUGAUUAUUUUGAACAAGAUUUCGAACUUGAAGGCGACGAAGAGCAGAAACGUCACGUCCCAAACUCGAAAGUCCAGUUCCCUAUUCGAAGGCGACGAUCGACCUUUUACCGUAAACUGUUUUGUUUUGGAGUUUUUUUGGCCUUGUUAGGUGCGACAGUGGUGGGGAUUUAUUUCUUACUCAAGUCGAGGACUGUUUCUUUGGAACUAAAGAUUAAACCAGAACAGACCUUACGUUACAAACUAGAACAAGAGUCAAUCUACGAUGGAGUGAAAGAAGUCCGCUCAUCUUUCGCCGAAGAUGUUUUUGUUCACGUCGUCAACAAGACAGGCAAUCGAUAUUGGCUUAAAGUCAAAAUAAACUCGCUGCCAAGUUCUAGAAAUCAAAAAUUUUCUUUCUUAGUCCGCGUCGACCUUGAUAAACAAAACUCUAAGAACUUCGGGCAAGAGGAACGAUUUAGCGUGUUUACUUUGGGCAAGACUGAAAGAAGUCGGGAAAUGGAUUUCUAUAUUUACAACUUUCUGUUUCAACUCAUUCCAGUUGUUAAACUAGAUCUGUUUGAGAUACUUUUGAGUCAAACCACGACUAGAAAGCAUGAAGUUACAAUUCAGGACUCUGUUCUCUUUCCUGGUGUUGCGACCAUGGAACAGAACAUUCGUUCAAGUGAAGGGCAGAUAAUCUUCACGUCAAAAAUCAAACCUGAAUGGUUCACUGCUUUUGGAUCAACUAAAACGAGACCAGAUUUACCUCGCAUCGAGAUGACAUUCGAAGAAGACGCCUCCAUAAGUAAAUCUUCUGGGAUGUUAAAAACAAGUGAUGUUGAACUCGAAGCAAAAAUCCCAAUUGAGCAAGAUCUCGGCUCUAAUCCUGGAAUAAGGAUGAAGUUCAGAAGCUCCUUGAGGUUUGUUGAAGAAGUCACCUCAAAAAAACUUAAAGAAAACAUGAAGGACAACGAUAACUACGUUAAGCUUCCCCGACCAUCAUCUAAAGAAAACCACGCCCGUCUGAGGUACUUUUUCCCAACGGACAAGAAAUACGACGAGAAUUCCAAUGUAGUUAAGAAGGUUCAAGAAAUGCUGAGUCUAACGUCUUCUUCGCACAGCGCACCGAAGGAUAAAGAUGUCGUUGAAUUUGCUAAAAGUUUCCAUAAGAUUGUGAAACCUGGACAACAAGAGGUGAAUUUUGCCGCUGCUGAAAAAAGCCAAAAGAAGAUGGGACAUUUGGAGUCUGUGGAUGACAAAAAAUGGCUGAAUAAACCGAUGAGAAAACAAGAAAGUCGCCAAAAAUGGCACGAAAAUGACAGGUAUCAAUCAAAUGAUGACAGGAAUGAUGAUGAUGGGAUGGCAGAUGAUGAGGGCCCGAACGACGAAGAUAGAUAUGAUGGUGAUGAUCAACGAUGGAAUAACAGAAGUGGACUUGCAGUGCCGAUGUACCCUGAAGACCGUGAUUCACAGAACGAUGAAGAUGACGACUAUCGGGGACCAGAAGAUAAUGAUGAGGAAGUUGAUGAUGAUGACCAACCAACCGACACAACAAAGAACAAGGACAACAAAAUGUAUGAACCAAAGAACAAUGCAGAGGCUACCAAACCUUCAAAAAAGGAUGAUAUUCCUGUAAACAGAAAAACUGAAUUGAGAAAUCCUACAAACCUCGAGAAGGAUGGUAAUAAAGAUAAGGAAAGGAUAGAGCCAAAAAGUCGGGUGGAACACAGUUCGCCAGAAGGAACUGUUCUCAAAGAACUGAAGGAGAAGAAGAAGGAGGAGGAAGCAAAAGGAAAAGAAGCUGAUAAUAGAGAGAAUAAACCUCAUUUUCUUAAUCAAGUGGGAACUAAAAGUCCAACCAAAAAUAGAGAAAGCAAAAAAAUUCAAAAUGUCACGCCAACUGCAAGCACCACACCAAGCCACGAACAAAGCUUUUUCAGUGAUAUUUUCGAUCGCCUAUGGAACGAUGAUGAUGAAGGCGAUGAUAAUCAUGAUAAUGAGUACAAAUUCCCACCUCCCAUUCCAUUUUCCUUCUCUUCUCAUUUCCCUUUCCUUCAUCUUCGUUGGCCAAGCUUCGAUGAUCGCAAGAGGCGCUCUCUCGAAACAAACCCUCAGUCUUCGAGAAAACCGCGGGAUGAUGGCCACCGAGACAAGCGACGUCUUUUUUGGCCCGAAGGGGGUACAAAACGCCCCCAUUACACGGGGGAAGACCUCGAGACGGUCUGGGACGUCAUAUCGUAUGCCAAGUCUAACGUUCGUCCAAAGAAAAAGAAGGAAAUAAUCGAACAAAGGAUCUUUGGGCUUGAGUUUAAAGGAGUAUUGGAACACGAGGUACAAGUGGUCAGCACUAGAGACGACAAGACUGAGUGGGUUAUUCGGAUGGAUCUAUCGUUGAAUGUUGGUGAGCACAGAUUUCAAGUUCUUAGCAAGACAUAUACCAUGAAGGAGAUUGAGGAAAGGUUUAUCAAGCACUCGAUGAAGAAGUUGGAGUAUGGGACGGUGCAUGCUGGGACACUGGUUCUUUGCACUCCACUGUUCUACAUCGAGAAUAUCUGCAUCGAAAUCCAACUAGGUUUCGUCAUCCACAUCUCGCAUAACAUCGAACACAUGACAAAAGAGUUCCCUGUUGAGCUAUCAAUCUUCUUCAAACACUUAACCAGAGUUGAUGCCGUGAUAUCAUCCCACAUGGAUACACUUUUAGGUUCUAGUGGGGUGUUUAGCCACGGUGCAGUAUUUGGUGCAAAGAUCCCUUUGGAAGUGAAGUUCUCUGAAAAACGAUCCUCAAGUAAAUGGUGUUCAGUAGCGAACGUAAAAACCAAAAAAGGACAUUUUUACGAAACCAGAAAUGAGAUGAGCCAAUGGAGGUGUCAGUUUGAUCAAUCAACAAAUUCUCGCUCAAAUUGUACUGGACUUGAUGAAAAUGAUGCACACAAAACAACGAGACUCUGGUACAUGAAUGGCUCGUCAAAGGAACUACAUUUUCUCAAUAACUGCUAAAUAAAGGGUCAGGGAGGGGGAGGACGGUUUCUUUUGUUUCUCAUUAAAAUAUAAUCAUUUAUUUUUUUCCGGUCCGGUAUCCUAAAACAUCGUGCGUUCUGAUUGGCUGUUUGAGUGGGCGGUAUUUUGUCAGUAUCUGCCCGCGCUCACGGUCCGUUAUCCUUUGCUGCUAAACAACGAAACAAAACGAUUACAAAAACAAGUAAAAAAAUAAUAAAUAAGGGAAUUUACCGUCCUAUAGUCGGUCCGGAUAAGGAAAAACUGUGCCCUCGAUCUUGAAAACGGACUUCGACCUAACGGCCUCGGUGCGUAUGUUCAAGACCUCGGGCACAGUUUUUCCCUAUCCAGACCUCCUGGUCGGUAAAUAACAUAUAUGUAUGCCUCGUUAACUAAGUUAAUUUAAGAAGUCAAGCUUUAAGAAGCGCAUUCAAGUUUUUGUUCAGUAAUACAGAAAUACAGAUACGCGGCUAUUGAGGCGGUGCACGAAUACUAAAGCUGGAUGAGCGCGGAGCUCACGCGUUUUGGCGCGAAAAUGUUUUGUUGGGGUAGGAAUAAAAUAGGAAAAAUGGAAUUACGAUUUUUAGUCUGGAAAUCUGAACUCAAAAUCAUAUGAUACGACCUUAGAAAAAAGUUUUAAAAAUGUAAAAACAAAAACCGCCUUCAGAAUAACUAGCAAUAGCUCUGAAGUUUCAUUUUUUUGUAAAUAAAAUUGACGAAAAUAAAAUAAUAAUUU